UACACCGCAAACAUUUGAUUUUGACUCAGAGUUCAUGAAAAGCGAAAGGUAGUCGAUGUAACGAGGCCUGUUAACGUUUCAGACAACGUCAAGAAUAAAUGUGAUAUAGAUAUCUUAAACUCACGAAAGAGAAACAGAAAAACUUUAUUUGAUUUGUCUGGCCGAGGAUCCUGGGUCUAGAUCAAUUGUUCCUGUACUAUUGAAGCAAGCCUGCACUUUAAGAGCAUUUUGGAGAAAGUUUUCUUCCGAUCUGAACUACGAUGCAACUGAUUGAGAGGACAGUGUUUUGCUUUUUGGCUGCAUCUUUGUGGACAGGAAUUUCAGCCGUCGUCCCUCUUCCAGAAGAAAACAUGAACGUGACUCAAAUGAUAAUUUACAAUGGCUACCCUGCCGAAGAGUAUAACUUUACAACCCCUGACGGCUACAUCAUAACCAUUCAAAGAAUUCCCCACGGGAGACAGGAAACUUAUGCCUCUGAAGAUGCCAAACCGGUUAUUUUGGUGCAGCAUGGACUUCUGGAUGCUUCUUCCACUUGGAUAUCAAAUUUACCCAAUGAAAGCUUCGGUUUCAUACUUGCUGAUAAAGGAUUUGAUGUGUGGCUCGGAAAUGUCCGUGGUAAUACAUAUGGUAGACAUCAUGUCAAUCUUUCUGUGGAUUCUGAUGCUUUUUGGGAUUUUAGCUUUGAUGAAAUGGCCAAGUAUGAACUCCCCUCUGCAGUCAACUUCAUCCUCAACAAAACCGGGCAGACAACUCUGUAUUAUGCUGGUCAUUCACAAGGAAGCCUCAUGGCUUUUGCAGAGUUAUCAAGAAACCAUGAUUUGGCUAAGAAAAUAAAGGCUGUGUUUGCACUCGGACCUGUUGCUUAUUUAGGUCAUAUGAAGAGUCCUCUUAAACUUUUGGCUGAUUAUGUUCCAGAACUUGAGGAUCUUUUUAUGAUAUUUGGAGUCCGUGACUUUCUCCCUUCCAAUGAUUUUGUACACUGGAUGGCAACAAAUGUUUGUGAGCCACCUGAGCUGCGGCUGAUUUGUUCAAGUGUGAUCUUUCUCUUAUGUGGCUUUGAUGUACCACAGUUGAAUUUGACACGCCUUCCGGUUUAUGUGUCACACACUCCUGCUGGAACAUCUGUCAAGAAUUUAGUACAUUUCAACCAGCUGUACAAGUCUAGUAAAUUCCAAAUGUAUGACUAUGGCAGUCCAGAAAAGAACAAAGAACACUAUGGCACUGCCACUGUUCCUCAGUACAAUGCUUCUGCCAUCACUGUGCCAGUAGCACUCUACUAUGGAGGAAAUGAUUGGCUAGCAGAUCCCAGUGAUGUGAAAAUCUUGAUGCAGAAGCUUAAAAGCAAGUGGUAUGAUAAAUAUAUUGCACCAUGGCAGCAUUUAGACUUCACUUGGGGCCUGGAUGCCGCAUCUGUGGUAUAUGAUGACAUCAUCAAGAGAAUUAAUGAGAUUGAAUAUGGACUUUGACCUCUUUUUGUACCAAAAAUGUAAUUCAGAGUAACUUUUUUUAAAAAAAAAAGAAAAAAAUGAAGCUUUGUCACAUUUCAGCAAAUGAUUUAUGAUAACUCAUACUAGCUUUGCUUUCAAAAUUUUAAUUUGGUAUGUGAGUGAGUGAUUUAUUAAUAUUUUGGUUAAGUUCUUUUGGCUGGUUUCUUAUUUCUUCGUGAUAAAUGAAAAAAUUAAUAUUAGAUUUUUUGAAGCUUUAUAAGAAAGUUUCAUCACAUUAAAAAAGAUUUACAAAUUUGUAUUACUAAUCAUUUCUUUAUUAGGGGAAGUAUUGCAUAAUGUUGUAAAUCCAAAUCUCAUGAAAUGUCUUCAUUUAAACUUUGAAGUGUUCUACCACUAUAUGAUAAUUAUGUUCUAUAAUUAUGUAAUUUUUUUCAUGAACACAAAUUAGAGUGUGAAAACAAGGACAUAAUUGAGAAUUAAGUAUCUGAGUUUAGGGAAAAUAUUUUAGAAGUUGAGGUUGAAGAACUUACCUUCUAUUUCCUCAUUCUUCUCUAGUUACUGUAUUUAUAGAUCACUUCAGUUGCUUUUAUUUUUUAUAGAUAUUAUUCUUACAAUGCUCAAUAUGAAAAGGUUCUUAUUUUUUCAUAAAUAGAUCAUUAAAUCCUAAGUUAAGUUUUGCUUAAUGCUGUCAUGAGUUUCCUUAAUGUCUUUACUUUCACAAUGAAAAUAAUACAAAGGGGUGUUCCUUCAUUUCACUUUGGUCUUUCAAUAUGGAGGUAAAGUUAUCUUGACUGCUGUCUUGCUUCCUCACUUUUAAAGGCAUUGCUCUGUGAGGUUGAACAACUUGACUUAAAAGGUGAGAGCAAGCUUUUAAUAAUGAACAGGGAGAUUAUUCUCAAUUAACAACCUUGGACAGUUUUCAACCAGACCCAAUCAAGACAGCUUAACAACUUGGCUUGAUAGAGACUUCUCCACAAUCUAAACCCCACUUCAAGGCAAAAAAACAAGUUGUCAUUCAUCUUAUUUGGGGCAUGGAAUAAAAGGAAAAAAAAUUCAAGUUUCCCAUGAAGAACCAUGAAUAUUCAGAUUUCACCAUCCAUUACUCCAUCUCAUAUCACAGAGGUCAUGGGUUUAAAUCCAAAUGAAAUUUUUUCAGGCCUUAUUUCACCACUGCUCAAGUAGUGUUCAUUGCUGCAAAGAUUGCUUUCAUAUUCACAUCUUUAUCUGUAGUUCAAAUGUAUGACUUUCAUAUAUCUACAGUCGUUUGCUCUACCUCAUGUUGCUUGAUUGCUACAAAGGCUCACUGGUCAGCUGAUAAAUAUGCUACAUUAAAUUGUGACAAACAUAGGCUUACUGUUGAGGAUCACCUAACUUGUGGCUAAGCAAAUUAACAUAGUAGACUUGAUAAAUCAAGGUCUACAGUUCGUCUAGAAAAGAAACAGUUAUUCUGUAGGUCUAUGCCUUGGUAUUCAUUGUAUCUUUGUGUGAACCUCUCCAGCUACGAGCAAGAAUCGUAAAUCACAAUAAGAUGCAAAACACCCAGUAUACAGUAGCAAUCAUUAUAACAAGUAAUAUCCAAUCAUGGCACCAGUUUCUUAAACCCAGUAUGCAGUUGCAUUAUGAAAUAUUAAUACGUCUCUGCAUUGUAGGGUUGUGAUUGGUCUUUCUAAUUCUGUGCACAUUUAUGUCUCUGCAUGACAGGUGUGAGAUUGGUCUUUCUAUUUCUGUGCACAGUUAUGUCUCUGCAUGUUAGGUGUGAGAUUGGUCUUUCUAUUUCUGUGCACAUUUAGGUCUCUGCAUGAUACGUGUGAGAUUGGUCUUUCUAUUUCUGUGCACAAUUAUGUCUCUGCUUAGUAGGGUUGUGAUUGGUCUAUUUCUGUGCACUUAUUUUAAGUAGCCAUAAGCCCUUGCAGAGAUAACAAAAGAAACUCUAAAAUUCUGUUUGAGAGUUUAAGCAAGCUACCUGAACAGAUUAGCAAGUCCCAACUUCUCCAUUGCAAGCAAACUGACGUAUAUCUACACCCUCUUUAACCCCUAGGAGUAAGCAAUCAUGUAAUUGUCCUUAUAACAUCACCCCAAGUCACACAUUACAAUCAUGAGAUUAAAAUGAUCACCAACCAAAGAAUCUUUUGACUGAUAAACAAAUUCUUCUUGUCAGCUCCUUAAGAGAUGUAUAGAGAAAGGUAUGGAGAAUAUGCAUAUUGAUAUCAGGGUGUAACAGGUUGAAUAAUGAGGUGUGUUGUGUGAGUAGGAAAUAAAGAUACUUCUUGUGUCAAAAGGUAACAUUUUUAGGUCAAGUUAACAGUGCAAGAUUCAAGAACACAUUUUGAUACUUAAAGUUCUGAACUUAAAUAGGAUAAUAAACAAACAACACCAAAACUUUACAACUUAACAUUAAUUUUAUUAGAGGGGGGAAAAGACCAAAUUACAG